UGGAUGUUUGAAAUGGGUUGAGCCACCAGUGUCACCAAGGGUCCUAAAUCUGGAUCAGAUGUGAGACGAAACCAGUGGGGAACCUUCUGAAGGUUCCAGGAGAAGAACAGCUGUUUUUCAAAAAAACAAAAUUGAACCUUGUCAGAAGUGGGAUUCGAACCCACGCCUCCAGAGGAGACUGCGACCUGAACGCAGCGCCUUAGACCGCUCGGCCAUCCUGACUAGCUGCAAAGGUGAAGUCAGAGAGCUAAACUAGAUCAACAUCAGCAAUCAUGGCUCAGAACUGAACCGAGUUUGGGUUUAGUGUGGAAACUAUCGUUGACCCGCGUGGAUUCGUAGGAGCAGAACCGGUCUCAGGCCUCGGGACAUUUGGGUUACGUCUGUUUGCGCCACGCCUCGAUGACUCGGUGAAAAUAGUUUCACUUCUGCUCUCGGAGACGCAGGACGGAUUACGGAGCGGCUUGUUGUUAUCCUCUGGAAACAAGAUAAACCUCUGGAAAGUUCUGCCGGACUCUACAGGACUCACCGAAAAGCCUGUGGUGUGGAGGGUCAGAGGUCACAGUACACAUUCCUUCACUGAUCCCUACAAAAUAAAAGCAUCAAGCAUACCCAAAUCCACUGGACAUGCAGAACCAGAACUUCACUAAGACCCCGCCCACCCAGAAAUGCAUUCUGCCACAGGUUUUGUAUCACCCGUCCAUCCAGGAGGCAGGAGGUGGAGCUUCAGCCAAAACCAACGUUCAGAACAGAAGGAAGCAGAACCUAAAGUCCAGACCUGGUACCUCAUCUCAUCCACAAACCGGAACCAAUCAUGAGAUGGUCCAGAAGAACCAGAACAUGACUAAAGACCCAAAUCCACUGGACAUGCAGAACCAGAACUCCACAAAGACCCCUCCCACCCAGAAAUUGGUUCUGCCACAGGUUUUGUAUCACCCGUCCAUCCAGGAGGCAGGAGGUGGAGCUUCAGCCAAAACCAACGUUCAGAACAGAAGGAAGCAGAACCUAAAGUCCAGACCUGGUACCUCAUCUCUCCCACAAACCGGAACCAAUCAUGAGAUGGUCCAGAAGAACCAGAACAUGACUAAAGGUGGUUCUUCUCUAAAACAUCUCAAACAUCAUGCUGUAGAGGGACCAGAAUCCAACAAAGAUCCAAAUCCUACAAGAGAUGGGGCUCUUCCAAGACCAGAUCAGGUGCCGCUGGAUGUGACAGUUCACCUGGACCGGUGUCUUCUGGAGAAGGUAGAGGUCCAGACCCGUGGACAGAGAACCAACCCAGACUGGUUUGCCUGGAGAAAGAACCGGAUCACAGCCUCAGUGGCUCACAGCAUCGCUCACAGUCACUUCGCUAACGGCAAGAGCGAAGCUCCGCCCCAUUCAUACUUGGCUGCAGUCACAGGUGAAGGCCUCAGAUUCCAGACCAGAGCCAUGAGCUGGGGGAUUCAGAUGGAGGCCGAGGCCGUCCGCAGGUACCAGGAAUGGAAGAGUGCGAUGGGUCGGUCCGUCACGGUUCUGGACUGCGGCCUGUUCAUUGAUGCCCAGCGACCCUGGUUGGCUGCGAGUCCUGACGGCAUCGUGACGGACAGCCGAAGCAGUCAAAGGCUGCUCUGCCUGGAGGUGAAGUGUCCCUACAAACACAGACACCGGCGAGUGGAGGAAGCCUGCAGGGAAGACCCCGCCUUCUGUCUGCAGAUAGAGGACCAUGACGAAAGGCAGCCUGGACAGAGUCCAGUUUACCAUCUGAAGACGUCUCACAGCUACUUCACACAGGUCCAGUGUCAGCUGGCAGUAACGGGCCUAAAGCAGGCCGACUUCGUUGUCUACACUCUGAAAGAGAUGGCAGUAGUCCCGGUGACCUUUGACCCCAACCUGUGGGAUGAGACUUUGACUAAGCUGGAGGUGUUCUACAGGAAGGCUGUCCUACCUUGUGUCAGUCAGAAGAUGCAGCAGGACAUAGCUACAGGCCACGAGCCAGAACUCUAAAUCAGUCCUAGCAUUUGAAACCACGUUUACCUUGUUUUUAUAGGCAGUUUCUUUUCUUCUAAACAUGCAAAUUACCGGUAAUAACGUGUCAGUUCUGUUUUUAUUUUAUAACCAUCCAGAAAUAUGAAUGCUAUCAGUGCUGUUUUAUUUUAUAAACUUGCAGGCACGUUCACCUGUGUUUAAAAUUUGUUUUGUUGAAUUAAAACAACAACGAAAAA